UUGCAAAUGGAGAAAACGAAGAAGAGUUACACACAAUCCUCUUCAGACUUGUACAGUGUCUUCUAUGCUUCUCACUGUUCUUCAUAGAAGUUCCGAAUCUGUCUGAAGAAGAAACCCUCGACGACGGAAACGGAUUGGAGUUACAGAAAAUGGCACUCCCUCAGCUGGUACCUUCCUCAUCCUCAACCUUCACUUACAAACCCUACUUACACCACCCUCUUCCUACUUCCACCUUAAACCCUGAUUCCUCCAAGAAUCUCAAUCGUCUCUACAAAACCCUAGCUUCUCCUUCUCAUACCCAUCGUCUUCGCCGUACACGCAGUCUACGUUGCUCCGCCUCCUCCUUCUCGGAGAAGCAUCACACCGGAUCCCCCAAAUCCGAUGACCUUGUGGAACUCCCUCUCUUCCCUCUCCCUUUGGUCCUCUUCCCAGGAUCCAUCCUCCCCUUGCAGAUCUUCGAGUUCCGAUAUCGCAUGAUGAUGCACACCCUCCUCCAGACCGAUCUCCGAUUCGGUGUCGUCUACUGCGACAUGAACUCCGGCACCGCCGAAGUCGGCUGCGUAGGUGAGGUUGUGAAGCACGAACGCCUCGUCGAUGACCGAUUCUUCCUCAUCUGCAAGGGCCAGGAGCGAUUCCGUGUCUCCAGUAUCGUCCGCAACAAGCCUUACCUGGUCGCCAAGGUCAACUGGAUGGAGGAUAGACCCUCGGCGACAGACGGCGAUAACAACGAUCUCGAAGCCUUAGCCAAAGAGGUGGAGACCUACAUGAAGGAUGUAAUCCGCUUGUCUAACCGAUUGAAUGGUAAGCCGGAGACUGAACCCCAGGAUUUGAGGCGGAAUUUGUUUCCGACACCGUUUUCCUUCUUUGUGGGUGGUACUUUCGAAGGGGCUCCCAGGGAACAACAAGCUCUAUUGGAGCUGGAGGACACAGCAAUGAGAUUGAAGAGAGAAAAGGAGACAUUGAGGAAUACCCUUAACUAUUUGAGUGCUGCCUCCGCAGUCAAAGAUGUCUUCCCAUCCUCGUCUGUGUGAGGACUGAGGUGAGGGAAAAUAGAACCUUGUAUCUAAUGCACAGCAUUUCACCUUAAAGAUGAUUAAGGAAUGGAAUUUAAUCGUGAAGAUUGUAAA